UUCACAGCCAGAUAAAAACCAACAAUAGAUAGAUACAAUACAAAUAAAAACACUGAUAAAAAACUUAUUAAAUUUGGCCCCUAAAUUAAAAUACAUAAAACCAUAAAACCCCAUUUAAAAUUACAAAUAAUAAUACUAAUUCUAUGCCAGUCCUGCGCGGAAGAAUAAAUACGCCUUCAGCUUGCAGCGGAAGGUCCGGAGAUCAGGAAGUUGAUGAAGUCCUGGGGGAAGCUUGUUCCAGAGGGUAGGGGCCCCCACAGAGAAGGCCCUCCCCCUGGGGGCCGCCAGCUGACAUUGUUUGGCUGACAGCACCCUAAGGAGGCCCUCCCUAUGGGAGCGCACGGGUCGGUGGGAGGCAAACGGUGGCAGAAGGCGAUCCUGUAGAUAACCUGGUCCUAAGCCAUGGAGCGCUUUAAAGGUGGUAACCAACACCUUCAAGUGCACCCGGAAGACCACAGGCAGCCAGUGCAGCUUGCACAGGAGAGGUGUUAUAUAUCACCCGCGCAGCCGCAUUCUGGACCAACUGAAGCCUCCGUGUGCUCUUCAAGGGGAGCCCCAUGAAGAGAGCAUUGCAGUAGUCCAGGCGAGAAGUGACAAGAGCAUGAGUGACUGUGCAUAGGGAAUCCCGGUCUAGAAAGGGGCGCAACUGGCGAAUCGGGUGUACCUGAUAAAAAGCUCUCCUGGAGACGGUCGUCAGAUGUUCCUCAAAGGACAACCGCCCAUCCAGGAGAACGCCCAAAUUGCGCACCCUCUCCAUCGGGGCCAGUGACUCACCCGCAACAGUCAGCCGCGGCUGCAGCUGGCUGUACCGGGAUGCCGGCAUCCACAGCCACUCAGUCUUGGAGGGGUUGAGCUUGAGCCUGUUUCUCCCCAUCCAGACCCGCAUGGCCUCCAGACACUGGGACAGCACUUCGACAGCUUCAUUGGGGUGUCCUGGGAUGGAAAUGUACAGUUGAGUGUCAUCAGUCCCUCAGAACCAGUUACCCCCACCCCUUUUACUUGCAAGUGUGAGCAAGUUUAAGAAUGGCUCCUCACUCCACACUUCUCUUUUUGCAAAAGAUUUUUUAAAAUCAAGAUAAACGUUUUAUUUUUCUAUAGAAGUGUCCAAAAUACAUAGCAAAGCUUUAUUUUAUUUCUCAAAUGUAAGUACCACCCAUCUGAUUCAGAUGAGUAUAUGCUCUCCCGUAUAGAUAGACUGAGGGUCACCUUCUCAUCGAAAUGGGACCACAAUUGUUAUGGGCUUCUUCCUCUGAAAAUGAACAGUUGCUUCUCAUCAAGUAGUCUCGCAGAAUUUUUGUUAAACUAGCGAAACAUAUGGUUCCUCCCUUUGCCCUAUUUAUCAUAACGGAGAGUUUUCUUUUACGUUUUCGGACGUAAUUUCUACAGAUAAGGGGAUGGACAAAGGGCACUUGGCAUUUUUUUCAGAAGCUAAUAAUUAAUCCAGGAUGAUUUUCUUUCAAGUUCCCUGUCUUCUACACAUUUGUUCCAACCUACACUUGAGCAGAAGGGCACAGAGAGCAAGGAGGCACCAACGAGCAUCAGCAGGAGAGCAAGCAUGGUAUCGGUUGGACUCCAGUUGGUAGGCUACAUUUUGGGGCUGCUGGGCUUGCUGGGCACCCUGAUAGCCACCCUACUGCCCAACUGGCGGAUCAGCUCCUACAUCGGCUCCAGCAUCGUGACCGCUGUUGGCUUCUCAAAAGGACUCUGGAUGGAGUGUGCAAUCUACAGCACAGGCAUCACACAGUGUGACAUCUACAACUCUCUGCUCAGCCUGCCCACUGACCUCCAGGUGGCCCAAGCGCUGAUGGCCACCUCCAUUGCUAUAGGUUCGCUGGCUGCCAUUGUCUCUGUGGCAGGGAUGAGGUGCACCAUCUUUUCUCAGAGCUCCCCAGCAAAGGACAAAGUGGCGGUUCUGGGAGGAGUCACUUUUGUCCUGGGGGCACUGCUCAGCUUCAUCCCUGUUGUGUGGAAUAUCCAUGUGAUCCUCCAGGACUUCUACAACCCUCUUGUGCCCGACAGCAUGAAAUAUGAGAUUGGGGAAGCCUUGUACUUGGGUAUCCUGUCUUCCUUGAUCUCGUUCAUUGGCGGCGCCAUCCUCUGUGCCUCCUGCCCACCCGGUGACUCACAAGCAACCCGCUACAGUCCGCAUCAUUCUCGGACCAUGGCAGACAGGAGCUCCCUGCCACCUCUCACAUCUCCCAAGGCUAGUGCAUACAGCCAGACGGGUUACGUGUAGCAGUGGCUGGCUACCCACGGAAAUGCUCACUGGAUGCACUGAAUAGUCAUGCCAGUGAUGGAGGAAGGGUCAGCAUCCUUGGGCAAAGAAGCAAGCUAAACUGUGGGUGAUGCCUUCUUCCUUGCAGGAAGAGUCAAGAGGCGGGUUUUGGGUGGAAGCGGUUUCUCCUGCCUUGUUCUGACCCAUGGUGGGGAAUGUGGGGGCCACAGCUGCGCUCCUUUCAGUUAAGCUGGGUGUUCAGUGAAUUUACUGUUCCACAGCUUAUGUAGCCAAAGCUGGAGAACAGUUUAGGAAAAAAAAAUCUUUUGAUUAACGCAUUGUGGCGUUGCGGCCAUUAACCUUUGCAAACCAAUAAAGCUAUUUUCCUGAUAAUAGGUGACGAAAGCAUUCUUGCCAUUUCCCUACCCAACCCCAGGGGGAAAUGGUUCUUAAGGUGAAGGAACUUAAAAGGAACUUUUUCUCCCUCUACAGCCACUUGAAACAAUUCACCAUGUGACCA